ACCUUCACGUGCUCGUCUCUCUGCAAGAUGGUCUAUCCGUUAGUUGCAGGUUUUCUUUCUCUCUCUCUGCUAUUUAGCGGGUCAGUGGGGCUGACAUGGCAGCUGAAGGAAGGUCGGAAGGUCGGGCAGACCCUCUGUCCCAGCUAUCCUUACCCGACAGUCGAUCCUUCCACCCUCCUCAAAGUACUGGGCCCUUUCCUCGAGGAACUGGGCCAAAACAUGUCCACCCUCAUCAAAAGCACGCCAGGCGGAGCCGUGGUUAGCGUGGUGUACCGAGACACCGUCAUUUGGACGCACGCAGACGGCCUUAUCAACAUGUCGGAUCCGACUAGGGGUCCACCAACUGCAGACACUGGAUUUAGAAUAGGCUCAAUCACUAAAGUAUUUACUGCCCUCAUGUCGCUGAUGCUGCGUGACUCUGGGGAACUGAGAUCCCUGGAUGACAACAUCACGGCCUACCUCCCCCAGUUUAGCAUCAAAAACCCAUUUCAGACGCGUCGCGGGAUCACCUUUCGGCAGCUGAGCUGUCACAUGUCUGGCCUGUCCCGAAACCCUCCCUGCCCCGGUAUAUUUGACACGGGUUGCAACCUCACGGAUGAUCAAAUCUACGAAAAUCUCUCUAAAUUGAAACUCAUGUUUCCACCGGGGUUCCAACCGGAGUAUUCGAAUCUCGGUUUUGGUCUUCUCGGUCGAGUGCUCCAGACGAUAAGAGGCCCACCAUGGGAGGAACAGGUGGCCCAGAUGGUGUUAAAACCUCUCAACAUGACAAAUUCUGGGAAUUCUUUCACGCCCGAUGCGGUGAAAAACAUGGCCGUCGGUUAUUACCCGGACAAGACGAUAGCAAAGCUGAUAGAUAUAGGCUGGGAUGCGCCAGCUGGCCAGAUGUACUCGAGUGCCAAUGAUCUCUCGCAGCUACUGAAGCUCAUCUUCAGACCAGAGUAUCCUUACGACAUUGACACUGAACAGAUACUGGAUGGAGAGACUAUUCGGGAGUGGAUGCAACCAGCCUACACCUACGCGGACGGGACUGGUUUUGGUCACCCCUGGGAACUGUGGCAACUGGGGGACUUCAUUCUCAGAACUAAAGCCGGCGUCAUGAACGGAUAUAAUGCAGAGCUUCAGUUUGCUCAUGAAAUAAAGACUGGGUUCGUGUUCCUGCACAGCUGCGACGGUUGCAGCUCUCACGAGCCAAUCAUAGAGCUGAGUCAGAAAAUCAUCUCGACGGUCAGCGAGAUACUGGAGAUCCUUAAGCCUGGACCCAGUGUUCCACCUAGUCCCUCAGACUACACUGGGAACUACAGCAUCGGAGCACAGGGACCUACGGUUGCAGUGGUUGAACUUGGUACAGUCUAUGACAGGAAGGCCCUACUGUUGUUGGACUCCUCCGGAGAGCGAUCCAUUCUCGACUGGCGCGGAGAAGACGAGUUUCAAAUCUCGCUGCACGGCGGCCCGCAACCAUGCCAGCACUCUCAACGAGGGAUUCGUUGGAGAGUGGGUGGAAUUCACAAGAUCUGAGGGCGGCGGGCAAGUGGAGAGUUUCACUGUCCCCGGAGAUGAAUACGGAGUGGUGUACACACGAGAACAGGAGUAGGCAAACCUGCAGAACAGACAAGGAAAGGAACAUGUGAAACACACAAAAGACAUUUCUUUAUUCCCCAUCAUCUCCCUUUGCGAUUUACACUAUUCUAUAGUGUCCCAAUUCCUGAGUUUCAUGAUUUCUGGAAAAGUGUAGAGUAAACUUUAAAAGAUUUGAAAAGGUGUGCUGGAGUGUCCUGAAAAAUACGUCCCGCUAUGCUGACCUAUAGGACGGGUAUAUACAAUCCUAUAAUGUAGAGCAUGCUUGUGUGUAGAUCUGGCAAGCAUCGGGGAGGUCAUAUGAUGUGACAUAUCAUGACAGGAGCAGGUUGAACAAUACACAACUUGUGGCCUACACCUGUCCACUGCGAAGUAACUUGUCGUUGCAACGAAAUAAACUUCUGGAGUUUCUCUGCCGUGAAAAUAGACCAACUUCUCUUUAUUCACUGAGGAUAAACUGAUGACACGGUUUUCUUCACUGUGGAAAUGAACUCAAGAACGGAACAACUUCCUUUGCACUAUGAUAAACUCUCUCUCUCCUUGCUGUAUGGAAAUAAUACCGGUGGCACUUCUUGCCAAAACAGAGAAAUCUGUUUCUGUUUGCUGGAAACGAACGAUUUCUCUGGCUCUGUGGAAAGAGCUGCAAUGUUAGUCAAAAGACAGUAUUCUCUCCCUCUCUUUCGGUCCUUAGAGCUGCUUCUCAUUCCUUCUUCCCUCUCUCCCCCUUUACCGUCUCAAGCAAGAAAACAUACAGCCCAAAUACAACCCUCGACCUUCAUUUUCCCCUCUCUCUCCCUCUCUAUGUCCCUAAAUUUCACACAUUCCCUCACAUCACAUCAGCCCACUUCUAACAGUGCUUUCACUACUUCACUUCACUGUUGGUAAACCCCUCUCAUUACAGGCUCUUCCUCCCUCUCACAAUCAUCAACCUCCCCACAUAAUCUGUCAACAGCGAAAAACAUAACUUCUCCGUUGUCUCGUCUUUCACUACAGUACAGGUAUACAGGCUCCCCCCUUGAAGCCCCCUACUAUUGCAUAUACUCUCUUACUAUAUAUGUGGCAAAGAACACACACUUCUUGCACCUCUUUCAGUGCCUUCACUUCACAAGUUUUGAAAUUAGAAAAAAAAAGCAAUGGGUACAGGGGAAGGCACAAAAGAUUAGCAUUAACACAAUAUCUCUGUGAAUAAUAUGUCCAAAAUGUGUAGAGAGCCCCAAAGGCCUUGCUUAUUACAGGGGGUUGUACAUACUGUGUAUAUACCAAGUAAGAUAAGUAAGGGUUGCGUGUACAGGGUCUGGUUCUAUAUAUAGGAGAUUCUUGCUAUCAUGCUGGAUAGGAGUCCCAAAUUUCAGUACUGUCGAUGCCCCCAACGAGAUCCACUAGCAUGAUUAGGGCCGCUGCUGGUCCCUCCCCCAGAACCGUAGCUUGCUGCAGGGGUGUUUGAAAAGGUACCCCCCAACUGGGGUCCGCCGGAGGAAUAUCCCCCGUGGCCCCCGCGGGACACAGUGGAUCCACCGAAACUUGCAGAACUGGAAUUUUUUGCUCCGUAGCCGGUGUUUGUACCUCCGGAAUAGCUCGAAGACUGGUCAUAGCUGGAUCCGGUUCCCCUGGUUUGGUUUGAGGGGGUUCCGUAGGUUCCGACGUCACUUCCACUGCGGUCUCCCUGUCGACCAUACGGACCACUACUCACGCCACUGCUACCACUAGCUCCACCACCACUCGGUGGUGGUCCGUAGCGGUCAUAACUGGUAGGCUUUGGUCCGGAUUGACUCAGACCGGUACUCGUGCCUCCUCCGUAGUAGUCUGUGGUUCCCCCAUAGCUUCCACCCCCAGAGGGGUCUGAAUAUUUUCCCGAGGAACCCCCACUUCCGUAGGAGCCCCCCUGGGUAGCUCCGGAUGUGGAAUAUCGUCCGGAGCCUUGAUUAGGGGGGUAGCCCCCUGAGGUUUGGGAUGGGGGACCGGAAUUGUACCCCCCUCCUCCUCCGCUGCUGGCACUAGUACCAUAUCCGUCUCUCGGCUGAGAGUAGUUGUCGUAACUCGACGGUGGACCUCCAGUUUGAUAACUGUCAUACCCACCUCUUCUUGGGGCACUGUAGUCUCCGCUGUAACUACUUCCUCCAGCACUGGAACCCCCAAGACCGCCCGCCCCCCCGCGGGACCCAGGGGUAGAGUAUCCUGAACCAGGGGGACCCGUAUUUCCGGGGGCCCCCACCUCCUGAGCUGUAGGAUCUCUGGCUGUCAUAGUACUGGUCUCCGCCCCCACCACCACG